UCCAGACGGAUCCUCGAGUAUACCAGGAAAAGAUACAAACAAUAGAUUAACGGCAUCGGAGUAUAAAAGAUCUAAACAAAUGAUAGUGAAUUAUUAUAAUCAAAAAGAAGCGCUAAGCCACAAGGGCUAUACAGCAAAUGAUAGUGAAGAUAUGAGCGAGUGACUCCCAUUGUGUAUCCCUCAGGUGAUCAGCAGUAUGAGUGUCAUCAGUGACAGAGUAUGGACGGUGGUAGUGGUAGUGGUGGUCACCUUAUCACUCACUGCUGCAGCCUCUCAAGUCCUGGUCAGCCUCGACGCUGUGGCAGACGCCGCGGAAGGUCGCGCCCUGGCAAGGAACACUCAUGUAGCAGACGCUGUCAAUGCUUUUCUGGCUGAAACACCUAAGUCAGACCACGAGGGAGUCCCUGUGAGGAACAAUAAGUUGAAUGUCCUUCUUCCCAGGCGUCCUGUGGGCCCCCGAGACACCCCUGUGGUCAUGACUCACUAUACUCUCCCCCAGGGACCACAAGACAUCCCGGUAGUGAUGACUCAGUAUGCUUUACCCCCGGAGGCAGGCCGGAGGGACACACCAGUGGUGAUGACGCAAUUUGCUUUCCCUGAGGGUGUGCCAGGAAUAAGGAACAACGGCACCUCAGGGAACGCAGACUCAGGAGUGGUUGCCCCAGGUGCUCCUUCCUUCCAGGGGGCAGAUAAAACCACCCCCGGGGAGGUCAGUACCCCUGGCACCAUUUCGUCACAACUGGGCUUUGUUGACACCUCUGACGUAAACAACCUCACCCUUGCUCAACACCAUAUCAUUCCGGCCACUGAAGGUGAUGACGAGGUGGUACAGGAGGCUAUUGGGUCUUCUGUUGGACAUCCUGUCGGCUCUUCUGCGGACCAUAAUGUCGAGCCUUCUGCUAACUAUCCUGCUGCGUCUCCUGCACAUGGUACCAACAACUUCAGCCUCCUGAAGCCAGCCUCAACCCUGGAGAUGAUGGUCUUAUCCAAGUUUGGCUCCAAGAGAGGAGCACCUCACGUUGGUUCAGAGAACAAAUGGAGUCCGAGGGGGGAGGAGGAGGGAGAGUCCACACAGAGGAUCAACACACUAGCUUACUAUGGUGACGAGGACGACCACCUUGACCACAACGACUACGACGACUACUACUACUGGGAUCACCACACUGAUGUUCUCUCUACCACCUUAAGCAGUGUGGCGGAGGUGAAGGGGACCCAGGAAGUGCGGUACAUCCCUCCCUCGUCUGGUUCCAGCUCCCCUCCACUAAACAAGUUCCCAAACCUGCCACAGCAGUUCACAUCAGAUAAUAAACAUUCCCACAGAUUUCCCCCGAAGCAUCAGCACUCGCCACAGCCUGCACAGCACUACUCGCCACAGCCUGUACAGCACUACUCGCUACAGCCCGCACAGCACUACUCACCACAGCAACAGCAGCUGCAGCAUGCUUCUCUAAGUCUCAUGCCACAACCACUGAAGCAGCAGCAUGCGCCUCUACAAUACUUGUCACAGUCGCAGCAACAACAUGCACUUUCACACCGCAUGUCACAGCAACAGCAGCGUUAUUCGUCGCUACAGCAGCAGUACCCACCACCGCCGUUGCACUCGCAGCAAACACAGCAACUGGCACAGCAGCUCGAGCAACAGAUGUACCGCCUCACUCAGAACCCGCAGGCACACCUGGUGGUACAGCAGCUGCUGCAGCAAGAUCCCGAGAUGCAGAGACUAAUGGACCGCUUUAUUCAGCGUCAGGCACCCAUGAGCGACUCUGUGCACACACUUCAACAACAACCUCAAAAUCAUGAACAGCAGCCGCAAAAUCAUCAUCAACAACAGUUACAACAGUCGCAAAAUCAACAACAGCUACAACAGUCACAAAAUCAACGACAGCAGCUACAACAGCCGCAAAAUAAUCAACAACAGCCUGUACAGCAGCCGCAGCAGCAGCCGCGACCGCAGUUGCAGCAGUCGCAGAGUUUGCAGCGGCGUCAAGGCCAGCAGGUGGCAGGAAGGUUGCAGCAUCCUGUGCGUGCAGGCAGCAGCGAUCAGGUGGACACCUUCAACAUCGUCAUAACCAAGAACCUUACAGGAGGACAGUCACAGCCAUCCAUCCAGUUUCUUUCCGAUGCCAAGGUUGACGCUAUUCUUCUCAACACCAGCAUCGACUCCGUCACAGACAUCCAGGCUCUGAAGGGUGUCGUGCACUCAGCCAUCAACAAGGCCAUCUCAUCCACACCCAUCGCAAUACAGGAAGCUCUGGCACAGGUGGUGGAAGGACCAGGUCACGAUCCCACAGUGAAUGUGGUCAACUCAACCAUCCCAGACCUCGGGGAGCUGGAGGCCACCAUCAACAACCUGCUGGGCACUAGUGUCGUGUACAACAAAAAUCCUCAGAGCAACACGACCAUCGGCUACAUCCCCCACCCUGAUGGCUCCGUCGUCAACAGGCUUCUCAACAACACUAUAGGUGUAGAGAACCUCAACAUCAACUCGACCUCCAAGACCAAUGUAGUUAAUAUUUUCAUUAUCAACAUUAUUGGAGGAGUGACUGGUGAUAAAGAUGAAACCGGCCUGCCAACGCUUCUGCCACAGAUAAAUCAAAGUCAGAACACUAAGGUAGGGACGCCAUUAAUACCAACAUCUUCGUCGUUAGGCUUACCGACAUCUCCAUUAGGCUUCACACCCAUAAACUCCAUCAGGGGAGAAAUAAGUGAAAAUUCCGAAGGGGAAUCCGACUUCCUGACAUCACUUCUUUCCCCGACUUCUGUACCACUGAGUCAGUUGCCCCUCAAGCCUCCACAAGUUAUCUCUACUACAUCAACCUUACCUUCUGGUUUUACAACACCUCAACCGGCUCCCUCUUCGUUUACUUCUCAGUUUGGGGUAUCACCAGCUUCUCCAUCUCCUCCGCCAGUAGUGCCAUUACCUUCCACCAUAAUUCCCCAAAGAGGUCAGCAAUCCGGCUCUAUCAGGGGCUCUCAGCUUGCCAACCCUGAAGGUAUCAUCCUCAAUAACAACCAAGUCCUCGACCUCUUGCCCUCGUUCGUCCGAGCCACUACCAUCCCGCCAGUCGUGCCGCUGUACAACACUUCAUUACACCAUAUACUAGGAAAGAGACCUUCAGUGCUUGGUCUUCUACCUAACAGAGUGUUUGAGAUUAUUAGGCCUCGUAUCGAGCCUUCAGAUAACAAAACCUAUGGUGGACUCAUCCGUAAGGUAAUAGUGGGUAAUCUGACUAGCUAUUUCCCUGCUAGUUCUUCACCAAUACUUGCAUUCACUGACGCUGUGUCAGAGAGGAGCACUGUGACUCCACUUUUUCCCCAGUACCAGUACCCUCCACACAAUACUCGCAUGCCUCCCCACGAUCCUAUCCCUAGCAAUCCUUUCCCAUUCCAAAAAAGCUUUCCUACGCGUUACUCCAGUGAGUCUUCAAAUCGGCGGUCCCCAAUCAUUUACCCGGCUAGCUUAAGCAUCCCAAAACACCCACCAACGGCGGCCAUUGGGUUAGCUCGCAGCCCAAACCCUCAGAGGAGCCCUGGGACCCACCAGAACCCAAUGCAGGGAUUCAGUGUCGUCAGCGAAUGGCAACAGAGCAAGCGUCAUGAUGUAAAUCUUCUCAAUCAUACUACGAUCAACAAUAAAAAUCAUAGUCAGGAAUCCGUUGCUCGAAGAACUGUUAAUUUGGCUGAACAGGUGGAAGUACAUAAAACAAGUCAAGAACCUGUAAAGGAUGAAUUGGCUGGUAAGCAAAGAAGCGACACGAAGAGCAUCAAUAAAAAAGAUAAAAUGAAGUCGUCGACAACCAAAAACAUGAACGCAGGUAUCACUUCCUCUGCAGGGAGCCACAUGGAUAACUUUAUGAAAGCCGUUGCCAUCGGGGCUUUACCUAGCGGGAUUGCCUUUGCUUCCGCCCUCUGGCCGUACUGGGCACCCUUGGUCCUUGGGAGGAGACGUCGAGACCUCAGUGACAAGGAGGCCGCAGCACGGGCUAAAAUAUCUCAAGACUGGCUCAGCAUCCUGACGGGAAUGAAAUACAAAGGAGCCGGGACAGAAUUUCCUGCAGCCUGGGAUAGGAAAAAGAACAAUUCAAACUUUAAAAAAGAGAACUCAUCUUCCAUGCCUCGGCCAGCAUCAGCGCAAGAACCAGCUUUUUCUAAGCUAGAUGUGAUAAUGACUGAAAGUUUAGCACAAAAAGAGUCGUUAUUCAGUCCUACUGCUUUAAAGCUUACAGAAAAUGGCAAUAAAUUAAAGAGCGAGUCCAAAAAGGAAACCACCAAACUCGAUGCUUCUACUAAACCAGCACCAGACGGGAUUAAAGCAGCAGCCGAAACUAAGAAAUCCGAGACCCGUGACAAACCAGAUGAACCCUCAUCGAUGUUUACAGAAGAGGGUCAGGGAGAUAUCAUAAGAACAACAGAGAAGGCCAUGACAGUUAGACGCUCAUCUGCUGCCAAUCCAAGCAUAUCAACGACUGAAGCCAACUUAAAUAACUCACUUGCCCACAUAAUGUUAUCGCUGACCUCAGGUAAUGAGGAAACUCUGGUGUACCCAGUCAUCGUAGAUACCGCCAGCACAACCACAGAGCAAAACAAAAAGGAUGACUCCCCUGCAGACGUUGCUCUCGUUACUAACUUCCUUUACUCAGCUCUGAAUGGCUGGAAAAAUGGAGACAAUUUUCUGUCAUCUGAGAAUAUUCCUCUGGAAUCUAAAGAGGAUCUGCAACCUUCCGUUGUUGAUGUCAUUAACCUCGAGUUAAACACGGACCCUUCCAGAAGAAAACUCAAUGUUACUAACAGCCCUAUUAUCGUCAUCAACAGAGUACCACUCAACAGACUCGUUUCGACUACUCCUCCACCUGCCAUUACUGGACCACGACCAAAUACACUCAUCACGAUGUUUCCUGAUGCAAUUAAAACCACAGUUACGACCAGUCUGCAGACAGUAAGUAGUGUAAAUAAGAAUGAUUUCGACCUUUUCCUCGAUACCACCAGCCUCUUCUCGCAGACACGUCCACAUCCCGGCCACAAUGACUUGGAUGUCACUUUCUUGUCAGAGUGGUUCACUAGACCCACAACAAGACCUUUCACUAGAACUACUUCUACCACCACUACAAGAAAACCAACCAUCACAACGACAAGAACAACUACAACAACAAGGAAACCAACCACGAUAACAAGGAAAACAACCACAAGAAGAAUACCAACUACAACAAGACCAGUCACGACAGCAAAGACAAUCUCUCCCACGAGAAGAACAACCACCUCCACAUCUAUAACAUUCUGGACAACGGCUCCACCAAGAAAAACUACCGCUCGUUCAAGGAUAACGACAACCCCAGCAAGCAAAACGACCAAAACGACACUGCCAACUACUUCAUCUCCAAACUUAAGAACAGCCACCCUUGCAAGAGCAACAACUACUCCUACAACAAUUACUACUACUAUUACCACCACUACUAAACCAACAAUCACUACUACAACAUCCACAACCACAACAGCCACUACAUCUACAACAACCACUACACCCACAACCACCACCACUACCCCCACAACCACCACAUCGCCUCCGACCUUCUUUGACUCUAUCUCCGAUGUCCUCGACACCUCCAGUAACCGUCUGCGGAACGCUGUAGGCUUCGUGGGGUCGGUGGCCGUAUACGGAGCGGCUGCGCUUCUGCCUCUUUGGCUGCCCAUCGUCCUUGGCAAAAGACGAAAACGGGAAGCUUCCACGGAGGAUGACCUUCAAGCGAUCUCCGAAGCCAUGAUGAUGAUCCAAAACCCUCCUUCAGUAGCUAGCGACCUCUCACGGGGUGUUGAGAAAACAAAGCAGUCCAGGAAGAAGAAACUUACAUCUCCAGGAGUCGGAUCCGAUAACAAAGUAACGGAACUCUACAAACAGUUUCCCUCCUUAAAGACGCUCGCUCUUUACCUGAAGAAGGAAUUGCAGAAUCGGGCAAAAAACAAAUGAGAAAACGUUGUGCGAAGUGCUUAUGUAAGACUUAAAUUUUUAAACAGUAUCUGUAACAACAACAUAUAUUAACAUCUCACAAAUUUGAAGUGAUUGCUAGGCUGUUUCAGUUCAUAAUGAACCAUUAUUAAAUCGUAGGAAAGAACAUUUAAGAAAGUUAGAAGUCAGAGCCGAUUCAAUAUUUAGGCGUCAGUGAAGGUUCAAAGAACAAUAUACAAGUAUCUAAGAAGCCGAUAGAAGGGUAAAUAAUAAACACCUAAAAUGGCAGAGGCAUGAAUCAGAAUAUUUAACUUGUCUCUCGUCAAUAUAAUAAAAUUCGAAACAAUCUGGUUCACCCUUCUCCUUCCACUGAUACUUUUUUUUUAGAGUAAAUUCCCUUCAUGCUUGAUGCUGGCGAAGAGCUCUUGAGCUCAGGAAUUCGAGCUAUCCUCCCCUUCCUUGGAUUGAUCCUGAUCGCCUACCAGUCACCAGGCGCUCUAUAACCCCAACGAGUUGAGCGCUUCACCUGGACAUAAAACAAUUUGUUUACUCUGUAUCGUUUUCCUCUAUUUACUGAACAAACUUAAAGAACGCGAAAAAAGUGCUUCCUUUUUUCCUGUCAUGUUGAAGAUCAUAUCCAUCCCACAAGCUGGUCUUCCACCAGUAACA